CGGGUAUAAAAGUCAGCGUCUUCUUCAGUUUCCUCCAUUUUCUUCGUCAGCAGCAUCAUGUCGCAUAGAAAAUUCAGCGCCCCUCGACACGGGUCGAUGGGAUUCUAUCCCAAGAAAAGAUCCCAAAGACAUCGUGGAAAGGUAAAGGCCUUCCCGAAGGAUGAUCCCACCAAGCCUGUUCACUUGACUGCUUUCAUCGGCUACAAGGCCGGAAUGACUCACGUUGUUCGGGAAGCCGAUCGUCCUGGAUCGAAGGUAAAUAAGAAGGAGAUUGUAGAGGCAGUUACUAUCCUCGAAACACCCCCAAUGAUUGUAGUUGGUCUCGUUGGUUACAUUGAAACACCACAUGGACUUCGAGCACUUGCUACUGUUUGGGCAGAACAUUUGUCGGAGGACUGUCGCAGACGUUUCUACAAGAAUUGGUACAAGAGUAAGAAGAAGGCAUUUACGAAGGCUUCGAAGAAAUGGCAAGACGACCUCGGCCGCAAGUCUAUUGAAGUUGAUUUAAAGAAAAUCAAAUAUUGCAGCGUUGUUCGCAUUAUCGCUCAUACUCAGAUGAAGCUGUUGAGACAACGUCAAAAGAAGGCUCACAUCAUGGAGAUCCAGUUGAAUGGUGGAACUAUCGAAGACAAAGUACAAUGGGCCCGCGAACAUCUGGAGAAACCCGUUCCCAUUAAUAGCGUGUUUGCCGCUGAUGAAAUGAUCGACGUGAUUGGAGUUACCAAGGGAAAGGGUUACAAGGGUGUUACAUCUAGAUGGCAUACUAAGAAAUUGCCACGCAAGACUCACAAGGGUCUAAGAAAGGUCGCUUGUAUUGGUGCGUGGCAUCCAAGUCGCGUGUCCUUCACUGUUGCACGUGCUGGUCAGAAAGGAUAUCAUCAUCGUACUGAAAUGAACAAGAAGAUUUAUAGAAUCGGUCAAGGCAUCCACACCAAGGAUGGCAAGAUCGUAAAAAAUAAUGCUUCAACGGAAUACGAUCUUACGGAGAAAACUAUCACGCCCAUGGGUGGUUUUCCGCAUUACGGUGAAGUGAACAAUGAUUUCGUUAUGAUUAAGGGAUGCUGUAUGGGUCCGAAGAAACGCGUGAUUACUCUGAGGAAGUCCUUGUUGGUGCAUACAAAGAGAUCUGCAUUGGAGAAGAUCAACCUCAAAUUCAUUGACACCAGCUCCAAGUUCGGACAUGGUCGCUUCCAAACCGCCGCAGACAAGGCCUCCUUCAUGGGACAACUCAAAAAGGAUCGUCUGCGCGAGGAUCAAGCGCAAGCUACUACCUCGGCGCCGAGCACCGCGGCUGCACAGUAAAAUUGGUCUACUAUGCACGUUUGAUAACUGUGUAUAGUGAUUCUAUAAACAAAUUCUUAAAAAUUA